GGCACGGCAGCAACCUCUCUUCAUAUUACAUCGUCCCGAUUCACAUAUCCCUCAUCUUACAAAAUGGCAUUUGCGUGGAAAGCCUCAGGUCUCACCUACAACAAGUACUUGUCCGUCGCCGCACGAACUGUUCGAAGAAGCUUGAAAGAUGACAAACGAUUGGCCGCUGAGCGCAGAGGAGAGAUGGAAUUGAGAUUCGCCAAGUGGAACAACGGCAAGCAAGGCGAGGUCAAGAACGUUGCGGAUGCCAACGCAGCAUCAAUGGCAGAGGCUACUUCAUCUUCUUAAAUAUGGACACAACGCCAUUAACGCCCCGGAGGGAGGAGGGGAAAGAGCUGUGCGAGAAAUGAAUGGCAGAGUGGACUUGUACAUUUGUAUCAUUCAGGGCUAUUGAGCCAAGGCAAUCGAAAAGUCUCAUUACUCUCGCAACUAUUCUAGUCUAUUCUAUAUUCUGCAUGAUAUCGUCUGGACGGCUUGACAUCUCCGAAGCAGUUUAUAUUAGCAUCUCUCAUACGCUAUCACAUUGAAAUGUUUGAACCCCCCAUAAACUCUUUCCAUGAUGUAUGUAGGUGACAGUGUUCUAUAGUCUGGCCUAAGUAAUUAUACUCAGUCCUCAUACAUGUUGUAGCACAUAUUUAACCCAUCACCCUAAAGUUGAAAACUAUAAUCAAGUAGUACAGAGACGAGAUUGAUGUGUGUGAAACAAGAUGAGAUAUCUAACGUCCUCCGAAAUCAUGAAUUAGCCUCA